AAGGAGGUAUAAUCUAUGUUUUCUGUCAUUUUCGCAGUUGUUAUCAACUGUGACUUUCAGAAUGAACAAGCCUGUGGCUACACGCAGUCACCUAACAACGAAUUCAACUGGAUACGCGGAAAAGGACACUCCCCUAGCUGGUACUCCGGCCCCUUGGCUGAUCACACCUAUAACAACUCAUCAGGGUACUACAUGUAUGCUCCGUCGUCUUACAACGAUACUCAGCGAGGGCAGGUCGCUCGCUUCUCCUUCCCAGCCUAUCAGCUCCGGGAGGGUCAUGGAAGGCUAAGGUUCUUCUAUCACAUGUGGGACGGAUACGAGCCAGACAAGCUUGGCACGCUGACAGUGUACGCCUGUCACGGACUGCCAUUGUGGUCGCGAGAAAGACGACAAAGGGACAUGUGGCUGGGGACAGGCGUAUUAAACAUCUACUGCACGCAACCGUUUGAGCUUAUUUUCGAAGCCAUUCGAGGUGGAUUCGACAGUGACAUAGCAGUUGAUGACAUCAAAUUUGUGGACUUGUACGAAUCACCACCUACAACAGCACCACCACCGACGACGCCGCGAGAGUCGCACACCACGCCCCGCAAACCCACAACUAGAAGGACGACACCGCGCACCCCUCAGCGGACUGAGCCCAAGUCUACCUCCGCCUCUACCCUAGGCCGACUUAUCACAAACUCCACGCCUAAUAAAGAGAGGAAGACGGACCCAGCUGUGACGCCCCCGAUCACGUGGAUGGCCGGCUCGCCGUCAGAUCCUCCCGUGUGGACGGCCUUUAUCCUAGCGGGAGCCGUUGGAGGCGGCUUUGUUCUCUGUUUCAUGGCUUUCUUCGUCAUGUUCUUCUUCUGUCGACGAAGGCGGAGGUCCAAGUCAAGAUCAGCUGGUAUAUCUUAUAACGUGGACAACCUGACCUAUCCUAACACUGGUAUAACGCCUUGCGGUCGUUGCGAUGCCUACUACACUGCACUGCAGACCACACGAGGCGUUGAGCUCCACCUAUACCAAGAACUGCACCAACCAGCCAAACAGAUCAGCGACAGCAGCAGCAGCACUACCAACGAGGCUGUACACUCGGCUGAUGGCGGAUUCUACGAGUGCAUUGACGAGGACCAGUUUAGCAGCGUGACCAACGACAUGUCAGAGUACACAGAGGCCGAAGCUGCAGCGCGCAAUCUGGCCUCUAACACGGCUACAUUGCCAUCCAAGCAGUCACUGUCUCUGAAGAUUAUAGAGCCCAUACCAUUCGAGACCGGCCCGGAAAGCCCCGUCAGCUACGUUAUCGAGUCCGUGGACUUGCCUCGUAAAGGGAGCGAUAGUGGUAGCUCCCCUUGCAAGACACCACCCGCAAUACCGUUUUUAGAACCCAAGUAUUUCACGCUCGAACCAGACGGAGAGUACCACGAUCGCUGCUGUGACCAAGACAGAGUUUGCGUUGUGAACGGCGAGCACAAGCCCAACAUCGAGUUGAGCGAAGACGAAGAUAUCAUGUGCUUAUCACCUGAUGACAUGGACGGCCGCCAUGCGCAUGCGCGACUGACUGACCCCGUCUCACCUAACCCUUCCUACUGCGAACCACCAAUGAGCGACGAGGACCCCUUGACCCCUACACAGACUGGUACCCUGUCAGGCAGUCCCUAUGGUGGCUACAUACCUCCCAUCCCUUCCAUUGGACGGGGUGCUGCAGUACCAGACAGAGGAGGCAGACGAAUUGAAAUUAUCACCGAAAUCUAGAUAAUAAAAGACAGGACCAUUUUUUAUACCAGAUGUAAAUUUCAUGUACAUAAUUCUUGCAAAAAAAAUAAUUUUUGCCAAUCUAUUUAUAAUAAGAAGGGAAAGUAGUAACGUGGGUUUACUAAACGCUUUGUUAGUUCCUGUGACCAAAUUUCUUUGUGCUGCUAGAAAAGGAAUAAAAUGCGCUAAAGUCAUGAAAUGAUUAGCAUUCUUAAAAAAGUGGCCCUCGGGAUCGUCUCAGAUCACUUUAGUUCAGCCCAUGAUGUUUUCUAAUCUGAACCUUUUAAGUCAUGUGUUUGAAGUUGAAAAUGGCGCCCUCUGUUGAUAUACAUCAGUAGGCAGGAAUGACUGGGCCACAUUCGCUCGUCCCACCCUCUCCCGAGGGCACUGGUGGUGGCUAAUCGCUUGUUCGAAAAUCUGUACGGAAACGCACUGCAAACUGGUUCGCUUUCUAUGGGGACGAGCGAAACUAUAUUAACAAUGCUCAUGCAUCUGCAGCGUGUUCGAUUACUUCCCUCGAGCUUCCCAUACUUUUUGUCUUGGGUGCAGAUGCACAUGCGCAACCUGGAGCAAUAAACGACCUCGGGUUACUCGAGGUCGAGCCAUAGCGACCGGACCGCGUGAAGAGGUCAUGUGGCGAUUAAAGCCCCUUUGCAAAUGAUUCGAGCCGUCGAAAGCGAGCCACUGUACGUGCUCUUCGAAAGUGAACAUACACGAAAUGCCGGGUAUGUUUAAAGUUAACUUAACUUUCCUCCCGUCCAGUCGUACUAGUGUGAAGUGAAGUUUAGACACUUUUGAGUCCCCCGCCGCCGGCGUAACUUUUUUUCCUAGGAGGGUUAUGGGCAAUGUCAUGAAUAAUUCAGUUUUUCCUUUGAAUCAUUGCAAGACUUAGGUUCUCGUUCUA